AUGGCAAACGUAGACGCUGUACGCGCGUCUGGUGGACUGCAGUCCAACAGCGACAAAAUUGUCAACAAUAAGGGAAGAGUCCAGUCCAGCACCCGCAAAUCCGCGAGCAAGAUCACCAAGAGGGCACAAAAGAAGAAGGCCCCUCCGAUCGGCUCGGCGCGUGACUUCCCCUGCCGCCCCUGUGUUACCCGCGCUACCAAGAACCCUGGGCAUGAGUGUGCCUCUCAGGAUAAUACUGGUGCUGCCUGCUGGGACUGCGCAAAGAACGGUCACACGUGUCGGCCAGUCCCCGCUGGUGCCGUCUCUGCUGUGCGUGCCUUCUGGGAAUUGAACCGGCUGAUCGACGAUGUAAAUAAAGAUCCCGACGAUGCCUGGCACUCUGCAGCACAGCGCGCAGCACAGCAACUACGCGCUUGCGGUGCUGCUGACCGGGGUCCUGCAGCUGGUCUUAAUGUCGCCAAUAUAUUCAUAGGCUCCAGCACCAACCCAGAAUGUAGCUUGAACCCCAAUAGCAAUUGGGUCUUUGCGGCCCGUAUUGGCAAUGCUUUCUUGACGCCUAGCCAUUGCGUCAAGCGUGGCAUUUUCGAUACCAGCGGGGAGUGA